AUGAAGUUAGCAGCAGUGUUUACCACGACGUUAUUCGUCAUUUUUUUCCGGUAUGCCAACUGUGCCUACGAACCAAUGUAUGGCGCAAAUGCAAGUACACCACCACCAACGAACAGCUAUGCUAGCAAACGGGUAGGAAUUCAUCCGUCAACUACCUACUGCCCGCACCACUAUGGAAGUGAUGAAAGCAGCGAAGAACAUAUGACCGCCGUCGAUCAUUAUGUACCGAAGCCGCCGUGCAAGAAUCCUCACUGUCCGGACAAAUUGCUACCACUGUCGAUCUGCGUGCAACUACCAUCGGAUGCACCGAAGAAGCUGUCCAAGAAUCUGCUGCAUCAAAUUGUGCGCUCGCUUAUGGUGGACCCAUCGAAACAUCAUCCGCUGCCCAAGACACCGUACGAACCGCACAGAAAACCCUGCGAAUACCCGAAGAAACCGUGCGCUUGUACCACGAAACCGUACGUUCCGCCAAAGGAACCUUGUGACAAGUCGAAAGAAUCCUACGAACUACCACGCACUGUGUAUCAUCACCCUACCCCGAAGCCUUACGUCGUAGAGAAAGAGUCUUACGAGCACCCGAAAAAGCCCUACACGCCACAUGUCCCUUGCAAACCAACCUAUGCUCCAGAGAAGGAAUCUUACGAGCACCCGAAAAAGCCCUACACGCCACAUGUCCCUUGCAAACCUACUCAUGCUCCAGCGAAGGAAUCGUAUGAGCCACCGCAAAAGCCCUACACUCCGCACAAGCCUCCUUGCCGAGCUUCGGCUGAAGUGUACGAUCCGCCAAAGAAGACAUAUACGCCACAUAAACCUGCCUACGGUGCAUCAGCUGAAGUUUACGACCCGAAGAAGAAGCCGUGUACGUCACACAAGCCAACCUACAGAGCAUCUGCUGAAGUGUACGAUCCACCAAAGAAGACCUACACGCACCAACAGGCACCACCCAAACCAAAAUACGGAGCGUCGGCUGAAAAGUACGAUGCACCCAAGAACUCCUACGCCCCACCGAAGGAAGUAUACACCCCACCGAAAGAGUCCUAUGCGCGCGUACACUACGGUCCGCCGAAGGAGACGUAUGCAACCACCGAAAAACCCUGCUACAAACUCACCACUCCAGUACCGUACACCACCGCCCGUCCGAAGCCCUGUGCCACGCAUCCCACUUCCUACACCUACCCUACCCAACACCCAACGGUGACCCAUGCUCCGUACACCGUACCACCGCGCUAUCCUUCGUUGACGUACAACAGCCAGACCUACCCGAAGCCAGCGUACACUCCGGCAAGCUAUGAAUCCAAAGCACCGGCGCCUACCUACCCGAAACCACAGAAAAAGCCUUGUCCCUGCACUGAUCGAUCUCGCCAUGGAUACAACUAUUAG